GUCAAAUGUAAAUAUUUUGAAAAGGAUAACGUUUAUGUCUGCAGAGGUUGCUCAACAAACCAGACCAAACCAGUAUGAACCCAGGAGGCGAACAUGAUGAUAAAACCUCUGAUGGUCCCAGUGAUGGGCAGCAGAAUCAGCAAACACAGAGGCGACAGAAACAAUACAGCUGUGACAUGUGUCUGAAACAUUUCAUGAUGAUGUCAACUCUGAGAGCUCAUCAACGUAUUCAUGCUGGAAAAAAGCGUUAUAGGAAUGACCAGUAUGUGAAGAGAUUCAAAACUUCUGCAGGACCGAAGCGUCAUGUGUAUAUCCACACUGGAGAAAAGCUUGCCCUAUCAAUAUCUAAAGUGGAGAAACCACAGCUGGAAGAGAAUACUGGUGUUGACGAAGCAACGACGCCAUUGGAAGAGAACCAAACCAGUAUGAACCCAGGAGGCGAACAUGAUGAUAAAACCUCUGAUGGUACCAGUGAUGGGCAGCAGAAUCAGCAAAUACAGAGGCGACAGAAACAAUACAGCUGUGACAUGUGUCUGAAACAUUUCAGUAAAAUGUCAACUCUGAGAGCUCAUCAACGUAUUCAUGCUGGAAAAAAGCGUUAUAGGAAUGACCAGUAUGUGAAGAGAUUCAAAACUUCUGCUGGACCGAAGCGUCAUGGGUAUAUCCACACUGGAGAAAAGCUUGCCCUAUCAAUAUCUAAAGUGGAGAAACCACAGCUGGAAGAGAAUACUGGUGUUGACGAAGCAACGACUCCACUGGAAGAGGACCAAACAAGUAUGAACCCAGGAGGCGAACAUGAUGAUAAAACCUCUGAUGGUACCAGUGAUGGGCAGCAGGAUCAGCAAACACAGAGGCGACAAAAACAAUACAGCUGUGACACAUGUCUGAAACAUUUCAGGAAGAUCUCGACACUGAGAGCUCAUCAACGUAUUCACCCUGGAGAAAAGCCUUAUCUUUGUACCCAUUGUGAGAAGAGAUUCAGACGUGCUAAAAGACUGAAGAUUCAUCGGCGUAUCCACACAGGAGAAAAGCCUUAUCUUUGUUCCCAGUGUGAGAAGAGAUACAGAUGUGCUAAAAGAUUAAAGGUUCAUCAGCGUAUCCACACAGGAGAAAAGCCUUAUCUCUGUACCCAUUGUGAGAAGAGAUACAGAUAUUCUUCCAAACUGAAGGUUCAUCAGCGUAUCCACACAGGAGAAAAGCCUUAUCUCUGUACCCAUUGUGAGAAGAGAUACAGAUAUUCUUCCAAACUGAAGGUUCAUCAGCGUAUCCACACAGGAGAAAAGCCUUAUCUCUGUACCCAUUGUGAGAAGAGAUACAGAUAUUCUUCUAAACUGAAGGUUCAUCAGCGUAUCCACACAGGAGAAAAGCCUUAUCUCUGUACCCAUUGUGAGAAGAGAUACAGAUAUUCUUCCAAACUGAAGGUUCAUCAGCGUAUCCAUACAGGAGAAAAGCCUUAUCUCUGUGCCCAUUGUGAGAAGAGAUACAGAUAUUCUUCCAAACUGAAGGUUCAUCAGCGUAUCCAUACAGGAGAAAAGCCUUAUCUCUGUACCCAUUGUGAGAAGAGAUUCAGAUGUGCUAAAACAUUGAAGGUUCAUCAGCGAAUCCACACUGGUGAAAAGCCUUAUCUUUGUGGCCAAUGUGAGAAAAGAUUCAGAAAUUCUGCAAAACUGAAGCUUCAUCACUGUGUCCAUGUGGGAAAGAAUACCUAACCCACACGAGAAUAUUUGUCACAAUAAUAUUAACAAGCAUUCAAAAUCAA